UGACCUAAAACUAACUUUACCGCGCAAGAAGUUUGCCGUGCUAUACUGUAGUGAAAGCUAAUAUUAUACGAAGCGAAUGCAUGAAAUCAUUUAUUCAGGGGCAAAUUCACAAAACGUGUCCCGCUGUGACGUAUGGGGUUUGAGCUCGAGCGCGUAACGUUAUGUCAUCAUGUCACAAAUAAAAAGUGAAAUUAAAUAUGCAGAGUUCACGUUUCACCAUUUAAACAACCAUAAUCGAUUUUACAGGAAUAUCAAAUGUUUUAUAGUAACCUUUAUAACAGCAAAGUCGUGAAUUUCUACGUGUAGAUACAGUUUGAUAGAAAUUGGUGGAGGUUGAUGUAGGCUAAUUAAAUGUUGAUCAAGGUGAGUGUUCAGGACAUUACAGGUGACUUCCGCAUUAAUAUACUGAAGGACGUAAAUAUUUUAAAUGCGUUAGAUUUUUUUUAAUAUAUAAUUAUUUUGAAGCAAAUUAACAUGGUUUCAUUGUUUUAUGUUGUCUGUGGUUUAUUUUGACAUGUGUUAACAUACUGUAGAAGCCUACAACAUUGUGUAUUUGAGCGAAUGCCGCGUCUCUUGAUCAUCACGAGAGUCGGAGAAAAAGCUGAAUUACUGUAGUUGCUUGUCAUUUCCAUUCAGAGUCAGUGGUGAAGAUCAGAUUCUGUUUCAGCUGUUCAGAUUCAUCAUGGAUGACACACAAACAUCCAGACAUGAAGAUUUUUCUCCAGGAUGCAGUUCAGUUGAUCAGAAGAGAUCAGAACCAGAGCCCAGCUGUGUGUCUAUGAGGAGUGACGCAUCGAUGGGUCGACCAAUAAACUUUAAGAAUGGAGAUACACAGACUGAUUUCAGUUCAUUUCAUCAGAAGAGAUCAGAACCAGAGCCCAGCUGUGUGUCUAUGAGGAGUGACAAGUCUAUGGGUCAGCAUUUAGAUUUUAAGAGUGGAGAUACACAGACUGAUCUCAGGUUUAGAUCAAAUCUGAUGAAGAAGUUUGAGUGUCUGUAUGAGGGAAGAGCACAGCAGGGAAACCCAACACUCCUGAAUGAGAUCUACACAGAGCUCUACAUCACAGAGAGUGAGAGUGGAGAGAGUAAUGAGUAAUGAGCAUGGGGUGAGACAGAUUGAGACACAAUCCAGGAGAGCAGCAACAGAGGACACACCGAUCCAAUGCAAUGACAUCUUUAGAUCUUUACCUGGACAAGACAAACCCAUCAGAACUGUGCUGACAAAGGGAGUCGCUGGCAUUGGAAAAACAGUCUCUGUGCAGAAGUUCAUCCUGGACUGGGCUGAAGGGAAAGAGAAUCAGGACGUCCAGCUCAUAUUUCCACUUCCUUUCAGAGAGAUCAAUUUGAUGAAGGACAAAACACCCAGUCUUUCAGAUCUUCUUCAUGUCUUUUUCCCUGAAACAAAAGAAAUAGAAAUAUCCAGUGACAAAUAUAAAGUGUUGUUCAUCUUUGAUGGUCUGGACGAGUGUCGUCUGUCUCUGGAUUUUCGGAGCGAUGUGAGGUUGUGUGAUGUAAGUGAAUCAGUCUCAGUGGACGUGCUCAUCUGGAUCACCUCCAGACCAGCAGCAGCUGAUCUCGUCCCCUCUGAGUGUGUCCAUCGAGUGACAGAGGUACGAGGCUUCAAUGAGCCACAGAAGGAGGAAUACUUCAGGAAGAGAAUCAGUGAUCAGAGUCUGGCCAAUACAAUCAUCUCACAUCUGAAGUCAUCAAGGAGCCUCAACAUCAUGUGCCACAUCCCAGUGUUCUGCUGGAUCUCAGCCACUGUUCUAGAGAAGAUGUUGAGCGAAGCAGAGAGUGGAGAGAUUCCCAAGACUCUCACUCAAAUGUACACACACUUCCUGAUUCUUCAGACCAACAUCAAACAUGAAAAGGACUAUGAGAAGAACGUGAAAAAUGAAGACAUGAUCCUCAAACUGGGGAAAGUGGCUUUUCAGCAGCUUGUGAAAGGCAAUGUGAUCUUCUAUGACGAAGACAUGAGAGAGUUUGGCAUUGAUGUGACAGAAGCAUCAGUGUACUCAGGAUUGUGCACUCAGAUCUUCAGAGAGGAGUUUGGCUGGUAUCAGGGGAAAGUCUUCUGCUUUGUUCAUCUGAGCGUUCAGGAACAUCUAGCGGCUCUAUAUGUGCACCUCUCCUGUACAAACAACAACACAAAUGUGUUUCAUCAAAUCACCAAACCAAGUUUGUGGUCUAAAGUUAAGGACUGGUUUCAACUCAAUUCAUCAGAACAUGUUUCAUUAUCUGAGCUGCAUCAGAGAGCUGUGGAUGAGGCUCUACAGCAUAAAAAUGGACAUCUGGACCUUUUCCUGCGGUUCCUUCUGGGUCUGUCAGUGGAGUCUCAUCAGAUUCUCCUUCAAGGACUAAUGAAACAGACAAGAAGCAUAUCUGACAGCAAUGAGACAAUAGUUGAGUACAUUAAAGAGAAAAUCAGGACCAUUGACUCUCCAGAGAAAUCCAUAAAUCUGUUCCACUGUCUGAAUGAACUGGGUGAUCAUUCACUAGUGGAGGAAAUACAACAGUAUCUGAAAUCUGGAAGAAUAAAGGAAACUAAACUCUCUUCAUCUCAGUGGUCAGCUGUAGUUUUUGUGUUGUUGACAUCAGAGAAGAAGCUGGAUGAGUUUGAUAUGAAUAAUUUUGUUGGAGGAAAUGAUAAAACUGAAAAACUAAAUGUUCUUCAGAAGCUGCUGCCCGUGAUGAAAGAAUUCAGAUCAAUUCAUUUGAAUGAUUGUGGUUUCACAGAUGAAGGUUGUGCUGCUCUGGCUUCAGCUCUGAGAUCAAACCCCUUACAUUUGAGAGAACUGAAUCUGUCAUGGAAUAAAAUUGGAAAAUCAGUGAAUCGGCUGUCUGAUGUGUUACAGAAUCCUCACUGUAAACUGGAGAAACUGUGGUUGAAUGAUUGUGGAGUCACAGAUGAAGGUUGUGCUGCUCUGGCUUCAGCUCUGAGAUUAAACCCCUCACACCUGAGAGAACUGAAUCUGUCUGAGAAUAAAAUAGGACAAUCGGUGAAUCUGCUGUCUGGUGUACUGAAGGAUCCUCACUGUAAACUGGAGAUACUGAGGUAAGAUCAUAUUUGACUC